AUGAUGUUUGUGUCCUGGUCAGAUCAGAACAACAUUCUCAUUUACAGGACGUUUGAAGACUUUAAGAAAUUCCAUAAAGAGCUGAAGAGAAAAUUCCCCACUGAGAGUGGGUCACUGAGGAGUUUACCCUGGUUUAAAGGAAUAACUAUGCAGCAGAGGAAGGGUGGGAAGCUGAACAGGUGCCUGGAGAUCCUGAAACUGCUGGAAACGUAUUCCCGGGAGCUGCUGAAAACAGAUGUGAAAAUCUCCCGGGGUGAAGAGGUGAAUCAGUUUUUCAAGGCACAGACUCAAGACCUUGAUCCCUCCUUCCCUGAAAACAGUGCUGUGAUCAUGCCAUCAGUAUUCAGAAGGGAGAAGAGCCCCCAGCCCCUGUCCAUCACCCUCCCUCAGGCGUCGCAGAGCUACCGCUGCCUCGAGGCCUUUGAAACCAAAGACACAAAGAACAAACCCUUCACAGUGGCUCAGAAGGAGAUUGUGGAAGUGCUCAUCAAGGACAUGACUGGCUGGUGGCUGGUGGAAAAUGCAGACAAACAGAUAGCCUGGUUCCCAGCCUCAUACCUGGAAGAGCUUGAUGCCUGUGAGGACAUCCAGCAUGCCUUCAGCUCAGACGAGGAGGGCAGCCUGUACUUUGUGGUGCAGGCCUAUGAGGCUCAGAAGGCAGACGAGCUCUCGCUGAACCAGGGGGUGGUCGUGGAGGUGCUCAGGACAUCCCACAAUGGCUGGUGGCUGAUCCGGUACAACGGCUGCACUGGCUACAUGCCCUCGCUGUGCCUCCGGCCCUACCAGAACCCUCACCACAAGCUCCAGAGCAUCCUGAGCUGCAGCCUGCACGCCUGCACCCCGAGCCUCAGCUCCCGGGAGGAGCACAGCAGCUCUGCCAGGAGCAGAUCCCACUCUCUGCCCCAGGCCAGCUCCACCCCACAGCUGGGGUUGGGGUUGGACAGCUCCUCGCUGAGCUCGGGCAGCAGCAGCGCUGGGGCCACCCGGCUGGCCUGGAAACCCGAAUUAUCUCGGUCCCUGCCCGAGGUGAAGCCGGCCAGGAGCUCUCCUGGCCUGAGCCACGAGCUGGCCACGCACAGCAGCAAAUCCCCACAGCUCAGUGCCAGGGACAGGAACGACUCCGGCUUCGUGGAGUCCUGUGCAGCCGAGCUGCCCCUCGCUGCCCCUGAGCCGGCCGCGGGUGUCCCCAAGGUGCCAGCCCGGCCCUCAGCCCAGGAGAUCCUGCAGCGCUGCAGCACCGUCACCAAGCGCGCCGUGCAGCACUCGGCCCCCCGGCCGGCCCUCCCGGACCCCUGCCAGCAGUAG